ACAAGAAGGAAGAGAGAGAGAGAGAGAGAAUCCUUCGAGUUGAUGGUCAUCUCUCCUGUUGGAGCUUCUCUUCUACUCCUCUUCUUCCUCCCCUCCUCGGAAAAGCUUUUCUUCGAGGGUGGCGGUGGAUGCCGCCGGCGGUGGUGGCGGUGGACGUUCCCUGCGGUCUCUCGCUCUUUCUGUCAACGGUGGUCGAUUAUUUCCGGUGGUGGGGCAGACUCGAGGUGAAUCAAAUUAGGCAGAGAUACUUGGAGGAUCCUUGACUUUGGAGACAUUCUGCGCACGACCUCAGGAUUCCGUGAUUUGUUGCGGUGAAAGUUUUUUGGAUGACUCGAAGACUUGCUUGCAUUCUGUUGCAACUUUACUGAUGGAAGAUGCUUGGGAUCUUCCUCAGCCAAAUCCCAGUAGUUUAGUUGGUGGGAUCUUGCCUGAUUGAGGUCAUGUAAGGAAACAGAAGUAAGGUGUGUGCGCUUAAAAAAUUCAGCCUUCGAGGUGGCUGUCAUUUCUGGAGAGGUUUUGAAGAUAUAACUUCAGCUUUCUGUGGAAAGCUUACUUAGUUAAUGAGCAUCCUAACAGAAUUUUGAGCAUGACGAGCUGUUAGGUUGUAGUUUCAUAACUGGACUGGAGGAGUUUAUGUGAUUUGACAUUGCUCAGGCAUGGUCAUGUUUUCUGUCUCCCACUCUUCUUAGAAGAUAGGGGAUGUCUGACUGUGGAAGUUUUCUUUUGGUAAAUUAUCCAUUAGAGGAAAUGUUGUUUAGAUUCACCUUAGACUGAAAUAACUUAUCAUUAAUAUCUUAGUUUGAGGCUGUGCCACUUUUUUCAAAUUGAUACUUGGUUGAAAGUAUCUUUGUUUGCUCAGAGUUGUGGAUAGUAGUGUUAUCCUGCCAGUGAUUGCCCAGCCACGGAAACUAUGGCGUCAGGGGGAGCAGUGCCUCAUCUUUUCCCGUCUAUUGGACCUGCACUUAUGAUUUCUAUGGGAUACAUUGACCUUGGAAAGUGGGUGGCAGCUGUGGAGGGUGGGGCCCGCUUUGGAUAUGAUCUCAUAUUACUAGUUCUCUUUUUCAAUUUCGCUGCCAUUUUGUGCCAGUACCUUGCAACUUGCAUUGGUAUGAUCACUGGAAAGAAUCUUGCAGAGAUUUGCAGAGAGGAGUAUUGCAGGCCAGCAUGCAUAACACUUGGACUCCAAGCAGAGUUUUCCAUGAUUACUUCAGACCUGACUACGAUUUUGGGCAUUGCAUAUGGACUCAAUCUUCUACUUGGGGUUGAUCUGGUCACAUGUAUCUGUUUUGCUGCAAUUGGUGCUGUUUUACUUCCCUUUUUUGUCACUGUUUUGGACAACCGAAUAGCAGAAACAUUAUAUGUAAUCAUAGCAGGCCUUGCUUUGCUACUCUAUGUGCUUGGGGUAUUAAUUAGUCAACCAGAAAUUCCUCUUGUGAUGAAUGUGAUUUUUCCUAAGUUGAGCGGUGAGAGUGCAUACUCACUCAUGGCUCUUCUUGGUGCAAAUAUAAUGGCGCACAAUUUUUACAUACACUCUUCAAUUGUACAGCGGCAGAGAAGACUCCCAAAUGUAGCUUUGAAUGCUUUGUUUCAUGACCAUUUUUUUGCCAUUCUGUUCAUUUUUACUGGCAUUUUUCUGGUGAACUACGUGCUGAUGAACUCAGCAGCUGUGGUGUUCAGCAAUGCAGACAUUGUGCUUAACUUCCAAGAUGUUUCUUUGCUGAUGGACCAGAUAUUUAGGACUCCAAUAGCACCAAUGGCAUUUUUUCUGGUCCUUCUCUGCUCUAGUCAGGUCACAACUUUAACAUGGAAUAUUGGUGGGCAAGUGGUAUUGCAACAUUUUUUUGGCAUAAAGCUACCUCUGCCGGUUCAUCACGUGUUAGUUAAGGCUCUCACUAUCAUCUCAGGCCUCUAUUGUGCAAAGAGUGCAGGAAUUGAAGGAAUGUAUCAAUUGCUUAUUUUCUGCCAAGUUAUACAGGCUAUGCUUCUUCCAUCUUCUGUGAUUCCUCUUUUCCGGGUUGCAUCAUCAAGAUUAAUAAUGGGAGCUUUCAAAAUCUCUUGGUAUCUUGAAAUCCUGGCUUUGUUUACAUUUUUUGGGAUGCUUGCCUCAAAUGUUAUUUUUGUCGUAGAAAUGUUAUUUGGAAAUAGCAGCUGGAUCAAUAACAUGAGGGGAAGUACAGGAAGCAGUCUGAUAGCCCCAUAUACUGCUCUCCUACUCAUUUGUUGUACUUCCAUUAUUUUUACGCUAUAUCUGGCUGUUACACCACUAAAAUCUGCGAGUGAGGGGCCAGAGGCACAGAUAUGGACCUUGCAUUCUCAGAAAGAUAAGUUGGAGGUUGCCAAGGGCAGAGAAGAAAAUGAUCUAGAUAACAUUACAUUUGAUGAAGAUCAGGGGUCUGCAGUAGAACCUGUCUUGGAAAGUUCCCUGGAGGGUGUUCCUGAUAAAUCAGUUCAUGAAUUCAAUGUUGAAAUGUCUGAGACAUCUAUUGAUUCUGACCAUGAUACUCAUCGGUCUUCUUAUGGUCCAAACAUUAGUUCUACUUGUACUUCCCCAUCACAUCAUCCCGAAGAAUUGAAGUCUGCAGUUGAACCUGACUUACUGGAAAUCACAGAUAGAGUUUCUGCUAGUGGCUUGCCAGAUGCAGGUAUUGUGCAGAGGGUUGAGUCCAAGUAUCCGGUGGAAAAGGAUGUCAGAGUGGAAACAGAUGUUCGCAUGGAUAAAGAUGAUGGAGGUGCUUUGGAGGCUGAAGGCUCCCUUAGAGGAGCUUUGCCAACUUCAACCUCUGAUGGUCCUGGAUCCUUUAGUAGUGUCAUGGAAAAAGGUUAUGAUGGAGGUAAUGGCAGUGGAAGCCUGUCAAAAUUGUCUGGAUUGGGUCGCUCAGCACGACGUCAAUUAGCUGCAAUUUUGGAUGAGUUUUGGGGUAAUCUGUUUGAUUUUCAUGGGAAGCUAACUCAAGAAGCAAGUACAAAAAAACUGGAUAUUUUGUUGGGAUUAGAUUUCAAAGUAGUGGGUUCUGGCAAAAUGAAUAGCUCAGGAGCAGAAUUGUCCAAGAAUUUCUUUACAGAUGCAGAUAGAGGAGCGGUUUUCUCAGCAAUCUCAAGGGACUUCAGCUCUCCCAAACAGAAGAAAGAUUCAACUAUUGAGUUACCCUAUGGGCUUCAAAUGGGAUCCGCAUCCUGGUCUCAGAAUAUGCAAGUAUUGAACACAGAUAUGCAAAACUCAAGCAGCAACCUACUUGAUCCCAGUGAAAAGCUCUGUUCUAGUUUGCACUUGCCUCAACUUUCUGAUAAUUGGGAUUAUCAGCCGGCUACAAUACAUGGUUAUCAGAUAGCAUCCUAUCUCAAAGGGAUUGGUUCCGGCAGAACUCCCUAUUCCUCAAGCAUUUCACUAGAACCAAUGCCAACUCCCAGGUCAGCUGCAUCCUUUAUUCCGAAUUUCAGAGAUUCGGUUAUGUAUACUCAAGGGCAAAAUGGACUUGGUUCAAUGGGAACAUCUGGUCUGCAAAGCCCAACAGCAUCUCGAAUUGGCAGAAUGCCGGUGGAAAUGCCUUACUAUGACCCUUCCCUGGUUGAAAGUAGUGAAAAUUUUGGCCCUUCAGCCUCCACAAAGAAAUACCAUAGUUCACCUGAUAUUUCUGCACUCAUUGCUGCUAGCAGGAAUUCCUUGUUGAAUGGGGGAAAAUGGGGUGGUCCUAUUGGCCCUCAUCCAUUCCUGGGUAGGAUGACAUCUGAGAAAUCACAAUAUUUGAACUGCACCUCUAGAGCUGGAGGUCCACUGGCAUUUGAUGAGCUUUCUCCCCAGCUUCAUAGGGAUGUGUUCUCUUUACAGUCAAAUUUGAAUCCGGAAAUGAAAUCUCUUUGGUCUAGACAACCAUUCGAACAAUUGUUUGGUAUGGUAAGCCCAGACCAGAGUAGAGGGGAUGGAGGAAUUGCUCCCAGAUCCAGCAUAGCUCCCAACAAAGACACUCUCUCUCAUGUGGAACCAGAAACCAGCCUUCUUCAAUCUCUUCAACAUUGUAUCAGGAAACUCCUAAAAUUGGAGGGAUCAGAUUGGCUGUUUAGACAAAAUGGUGGGUCCGAUGAGGAGCUAAUUGAUCGAGUUGCUGCAACUGAGAAAUAUCUACAUGAUAAUGGCAGGAAUGAGGUAUACAUGAGUGACCAUCAUUUGUCUGCUGAUCAAAGGGCCAGUGCAGACCAGAGGAGUGAAGAGGCAGAUACCCCUUACAUUUUGUCAUUGCCCAAUUGUGGAAAUGGUUGCAUAUGGCGACCAGCCCUGGUUGUGAGUUUUGGUGUGUGGUGCAUACACCGGAUUUUAGAACUAUCACUCGUGGAGAGUCGGCCAGAGCUAUGGGGCAAAUAUACUUAUGUUCUUAAUCGCCUUCAGGGAAUUCUUGAUCCUGCAUUUUCCAAGCCUCGUCAUCCGAUUAGCUGCUGCUCAUGUCUUGAAAGACCAGCAAAAUAUAUGAAGAGCUUCAACCAGUCACAGCAGAAUGGGCUGUUAUGUACCAUUGAAAAAUUGGUCAAUGAAUCCUUCACAACAGCAAGUAUGAUUCUCGAGAUCAUCAAGGAUGUGGAGAUUGCAGUGUCUGGCCGCAAGGGCCGGACUGGCACUGCAGCAGGUGAUGUUGCAUUUCCCAAAGGAAAAGAGAACCUGGCAUCUGUAUUAAAGCGCUAUAAGCGUCGGCUCUCAAACAGGUUUUCUGGGAACCAUGAAGGCACUUCAUCCUGCAGGAUCCCUUCACCUGCUACUUCCUCAGUUUUAUAGGAUGCAGAAUGUUUCUUUUGCUACUUCAUGCAUCAUGGGUUUUUUCAUUGAAAAACAUUUUAAGGUUCAAGGAUCAUUGAUCUUUGCCCUUUCCAAGUUUCAACUAAAUGUAUGUUGUAUAAAAGUUACAGAACAGUGAUUGCAGCAGAAAGAAGGGUCAAGGAAAUAUAGGAACUACUUUUUUCAUUUUUUUUCUUGUGACUUUCUUGUUUCAGAUUUUUUUGGUUUACCCUUCACUUGGAGAGAAACGGGCCUUUUCAUGAUAAGGUAACGCAGUUUUGUUUUCUUUUUUUUAUAUUAUGUAAUAUCCUUGCAGUUACACUUGGGGACACCCAGACCUUUUUACAUUCCAAUGGAAGUAAGAUAUAUUUCUACUGCA